CCCAUUUUUUCCUUCUACCCCUCAUUGUGCCACAUGAGCCUGGAGUAGAUAGAAAGACUGUAGUGGAGCGAAAGUUAGCAAGCAACCGAGAGAAAGACAGAGAGAGAGAGACUGGAGGAAGUCAUGCAGAGUGUGAGGCAGCCCAGCGGCAAUGCUUGAUGAACUGAACUGCUGACCAGUUCUUUCUUCACUUUGACUGAACCUCACAGGGAUCAAGAAAUCAGACGAGAGAUUCCUGAUCUGAAGAGAUCAGCUCGUUGUCUUCACUGAGGGGCAGAAAAACCAGGCAAGGACGUGGAGAGGAAAAAGAGAGCAUUAGAGACAAGGAGACAGAAGAGAGUUCUACAAAUGCGAAUUGGAGCAGAGGAGCACAAGGAGAUGCUCAGAGGGACCAGAUAGUGGCAAGAAAAGCAAGACAAGUAGCAAGUGUGCCCACAGAGACCGCUCAAAGAAAGGGCGACGCAUUAGGAGGAGUUAGAAGCUGUUGCGAGUCAAGCAGGGAGAGAAAGAACAAGACAAGACAGAAAACAGAGAGACAGUGUUAGAGAAGAAUGGCUAACUCAGGUCUACAGUUGUUGGGUUACUUUCUGGCGUUGGGUGGCUGGAUUGGCAUCAUCUCCACAACUGCCUUGCCCCAGUGGAAGCAGUCAUCGUACGCCGGCGAUGCCAUCAUCACGGCUGUGGGUCUGUACGAGGGGCUGUGGAUGAGCUGUGCCUCACAGAGUACGGGACAGGUGCAGUGCAAGAUCUUUGACUCCAUGCUCUCGCUGGACAUCCACAUCCAGACAUGCCGGGCCCUUAUGGUGGUGUCAGUACUGCUGGGCUUUAUUGGGAUCAUUGUCAGCGUGGUGGGCAUGAAGUGUACCAAGGUGGGAGAUAACAACCCAGCCACCAAGUCCCGCAUCGCUAUGACUGGAGGAGCACUCUUUCUGCUUGCAGGUUUAUGCACACUGGUUUCUGUGUCCUGGUAUGCCACUCAGGUGUCCUAUCAGUUCUUUAACCCAAACACACCACCCAAUGCCAGGUAUGAGUUUGGCUCAGCCUUGUUUGUCGGAUGGGCAGCAGCCAGUCUGACUGUUCUGGGUGGCUCUUUGCUGUGCUGCUCCUGCUCCAAAGAAGAUAUGCGAGGACAGCAAUAUUACCGCCAAUCACAGCCUUCCACAGCAAGGGAGGCAGAGUUGUUGAGUGAAACUAGUUUCCCUGACUGAUCAGCCCCCGCCUUUUUAUCGAGGACUUUCCGACUCUCCCACCACUGUCUCCCCAUCCCCCCUUCAUUUCCUGUUACCUCUUUACCUUCCAAUUUGGACCUCUUGUAGAUGAUUUCCUUUUUCUCAAUAAUACAUCUGCACCUUAUCACUUUUAAUGGGAACCAAGGUGUACUGUCUUCUUCCGACCCCCUCUCCGUCUCUGAGCCGUCUCUGUAAAUAUGGACUCAUGUGGUCAGACGUUUUCUUUAAGAAAUAAGAUAUCAACCCUCUGCUACACCUCCUGUUCCCCCUUCUGUCCAAAUAUUGGUGCAAAGUUAACAAUAAACUGAAACAUACUGUUGUGCUGAUUCGUAGUUUCACUUACAGCCUAUGACCUCUGGGUGUUUUUGUAAAUGUGAGGUUUUUUUCUUGUCGCUGUGACUGAAACGUGUCUUUUUUCCCUUUUGAAUUGCAGACCAAAUGUUAAAAGUACCCCACCAGAGAAAAGGGAGCAGUACUUGUAGUUUGGGAGAGUCUUCUGGCCCUACCAUGGUUUAAAUUCUGUCAACAGACAAAACCCUUUCACUGAGAAAUUCAAAACAGACAAGAAUGAAUUUAUGAACAGCAAACACUCAAGCAUAUUGCAACAACAUAUAUUAAUCUUUGUUGAGAUUAAUGAAAUUGUUUGGGGAAAUGUUUUAUGAAUUAGAUGUACUUAGGGGGUUUGACAUCCUCAUCUGUGUUGUUGACUUUGGGAGAGACAGUCAUUCAGGGUAUGUUUUCUAUAACAUGUUAAAAAACCCAGGUGUAUAUACCACCAACUUUACUCCUUUUUUUUUACUACAUAUAAUGUUUUACUACAGUGCCUUAUAACACAUGUUUGCACACAUGUAUGUGAAUUCUCUGUUUUCCAUCCCAUCUGAGGGAUGUGUGUCCACAGCUACUCUGCUAGGACUUGUGUUUCCCUUUGUUUCUAUUGUUGGAGUUCCAAAAACGAAUGUGAAGCUACUCUACAGUACCACUUAUGAACAAAAAGGACAAAUACAUGAUAGAUCUGCCACGUGUUGCCUUAUGCCACUGUAAACUCUGUGCCUGUUUCCAAGUAGUCUGGGCUGAGGAUAUACCAAGUGCAUCCAUUGUGUAUCGUCAGGUGCCAAUAUGAUUUUGUGUGAAUGGAAGAGUCGUCGUAUUAUUGACUCUUAAGGACGUACUGUAUUGUGUGCUGUCUCCUGUACUAAGGAAUGCCAGUUUGCUGAGAGUUAAAAUGCCUGCAUUUAUUUACCAUGCCUUUCUUUUUCUCUAAUAUUUACCUCCUUCAUGUCGUGUAUCAUCUCAUUUACCUGUAUACCCGUCUGUUUCCUUUAGAAUGAAGUAAACAGAGAUGGAAAAAUGGA